UUUUCUAUAUAUCAUAGUGUCUUUGUCAUAGUUUGUGCAGUUGUAGAGUACCAUAAUGUCUUUUUUCACUGUGGUAAUUAAUGAGAAAUGUUUACUCACAUUUUGAAAGAGAUAGCUUGCUAGGAUAGCUAGCUGGCUAGCUGUUUAGCCCUUUGACGUUAGCUAUCGAUACUGCAUCACUUAAACGCACCACCACCAGCAUGACACAUAAUAGGUGGCGCAGGACAAGGGGCGGAAGAUCAGCCUCUCUGAUCAUGAUUCGGAUUGUGGGAGUUACCAGCACUACGCCUAUUGAGUGAUGCUCAAAGAUUUCAAGCUCCCAAUGCCCACUAACCCGCACCCAUCUCAAUCCGCAAACUGAGUCCUCUGACCACUUAAGUCCAGUGGCAGCACUGGCCCAGAAUUACUACCUAAACGUUCCUUGGUCACGGUAGUCAUGCUGUUCUCACUGCGGGAGCUGGUCCAGUGGUUGGGCUUCGCCACCUUUGAGCUGUUCCUGCACCUGGGUGCCUUUCUAGUCUUCAGUGUGCUGGUGGCGCUGCGCGUCGACAAGUUCACCCCGAGCGUGAGCUGGUGGUUGGUCUUCGUGCCCCUCUUUGCCGCCGAUGGCCUCAGCACCUACUUCACCACCAUCGUGUCCAUCCGCCUGUACCAGGAGGGCGACCGGCGUCUGGCAGUGCUCCGUCUCCUGUGGGUUCUCACCGUGCUCAGUCUCAAGCUGGUGUGCGAGGUGCUCCUGUGCCAGAAGCUCGCAGAGCAGGAGCAGGCGCGGGAGCUCUGGUUCGGCCUCAUCGUCUCGCCCAUCUUCAUCCUGCUGCAGCUGCUCAUGAUCCGCGCCUGCCGCGUCAACUGACCCUCGAGGGCUUUACCAGCCGUCUGAGGGCUAUUUACCGCCAGCCCAAUUAGUCAACAACCCAGUAAGGACUCAGCUGGCUUUGUCCACCUCUCCGCCCAAACACUACAUGAUGAGGUACUGAUGAGUAAAUGGAAUGGAUGUAAUGGACUUCAGGGUCAUGCAGUACAGGCUCACAGGCUUUUUGUCCUCUCCUACCCAUAUUGUCAACUCUACAGACAGACAGCCAGUCCUGAGCAAAUGGGAUAAACUGGCCACCGAGAGAGCUUAACCUCAUGCUGAACACACACAGUCCAUUCAGCCACUUCGGUUUUCAUGGUCAGAGCAUAGUUGACUGUUUGGGGUGCAAAAGGCCCACGGGUGUGAAUGCCAUAAGAGGUUGAGAAGAAUGGGACAGAUGUAUGCAUGUAUACUUGUUUGUCGUGUCACUCAUAUGAGCUGGAUAAUGUAUUUUUAAUGUACAAUUUGGUUGCUCUAUAUUUGUUUUUGUCCUUAUACUUCCAAGUGAGAUUCUAAAGUCUUUUCAUUGGACUUUUCUUUAUGAUUAUUUAAUUGUGCUCUUCUCAUGAAGUGCUUUCCUAAAUGUUUGUAUAAAUUGUAAAUAAAGUGACAUUAAUGCCUUUGGUUAUUUAGUGUUUGUGCUAUUUGUACAAUUUCUUCAUUUGCUUUAUUGUUUGUGCUCAUCUGGAUUGUACAUGCAUCACUGAGUAUCGACGACGGACCGAUAAUUUAAGUAUUAAAUGAGUUGUCCUGUUAAUUAAAUUCUGUGUGGCUGUUGAUUUCUACUGGUCCACGUGAUGGCGCUAUAGGGUCGAUGAAUACAGACCUCUGGGUGUUUCAAGGCUGUUGGUGGUUCAAGGACAAGACUAGUCUGAUUUUAUUUGCGUGUGAAUAUUCAUUGAUUUCAUCCGCAUGCAUUGUGUUUUGAAAUUAAAUUAAAGUAAGCUAUUUCACUGACGUUU